AGUGUCCCCCGAGUCUUCUCACUACAGUUUUCGCUAUGGCGUGUAUAGGGUCCGGUAGGCUCUGUGCUCGUGUGGAGAAAUUGUGCCAGUUUGGACAUUUCACUCAGGUUCGAAGGAAAGUUUCAACGGCAUGUGUGAGAUUUCGUCAAGACAUACCGCAGUCCGGCUCAACGUUGGUACAGCACUGCCAGAAUGGGGCAAGGUCGCGCGUACGAGGGGUUACGCCGGGGUCGAGAGCCGUCAGUUCGAUGCAGACGCAGCAGCCAGGUUCUUUGCCGGAAUUUCAGGUCGACCCUUACCGCCUUAUUGACGAUGAUCUCAAGGACGUCUAUGAUGACAUACGGCUGGAACUUGUCCGAAACACGUCACAGGAAGAAUUGAAAACCAUAGCGACAUAUUACUUCGACGGUCAAGGAAAAGCCCUGCGACCAAUGGUGGCGAUUCUUAUGGCCAGGGCCAUAAAUUAUCACAAGGAAAGAAGCGAUCUCUUGGCAUCGCAGCGACAAGUGGCGAUGAUCGCCGAGAUGAUACACAGCGCGUCUUUGAUCCACGACGACGUGAUCGACCAGUCAGAUUUCAGGCGUGGAAAGCCCUCGGUGAACGUGUUGUGGAACCAUAAAAAGGUCACGAUGGCCGGCGAUUUUAUUCUCGCAAUUGCAUCAAUGAUGAUAGCAAGACUUCGCAACGACGAUGUCACGCUCACCCUAAGCCAGGUCGUCACGGAUUUGGUGCAAGGAGAAUUUAUGCAGCUCGGCUCUAAGGAAACCGAAAACGAAAGAUUCGCACAUUACCUGACUAAAACGUACAGGAAAACGGCCAGUCUUAUCGCCAAUUCCGCGAAAGCCGUCGCAAUGUUAGCCGGUGCGGACGAUCAUCUAGCGGACGUCGCUUUUCAGUACGGAAGAAAUGUCGGUCUGGCUUUUCAGCUGGUCGACGAUCUUCUAGAUUUCGUAUCUUCGUCAGCAGCAAUGGGAAAACCGACAGCGGCCGAUCUGAAGCUCGGACUUGCCACCGCGCCAGUUUUAUUCGCUUGCGAACGGUAUCCAGAAUUGAACCCGAUGAUAAUGCGACGUUUUCAAGAACCCGGAGACGUCGAGAAGGCGUUUGAAUUUGUCCACAAAUCGCAAGGUCUUGAGCAGACACGAUUCUUGGCAAAAAAGCACUGCGUCGAAGCGGCUCGCCUGGCACAAUCGCUAGCCGAAAGUCCUUAUCAAAAAGGUUUACUGGUAGUAAGCGAUUUCGUAAUAAACCGAAUGAAGUAGCCGAGGAGUUAAAUAUAAUAAUAAUAAUGAUAAUAAUAAUAAUAAUAAUAAAUAUUUGAGAGCAAAUCGAGUACAAAGCUGCUGUCGUACUCCUCAGAGUCGCGACCUUAAAGGUGACCCUUGGGCAAGUAAUCCGAUUCGGAUUAAUUGACCCCAAUCCUGCACCCCAAUUUUCGCCCCAAAAAGAAAAGCAAUAAAAAAAACUGUGCUAAGCGAAAAAGUCUCUCUCCGGGUCGAUGACAUAUGCACCGAGAGAAAAGAGAUGAACAGGACUAAGUAAACACUUGUGCGCAUCUGUGAAUUGUCGAAUGUAUGUUCAUGCAUGCUAAUACACGUUGUGUGAAAAUGCGUUACAGAGUGAAUGUUGAGUUUUUAUUUUUCAUUUUUUUUUUUUUUUUUUUGUUUUGUUUGUUCCCCCUUGUAACA